AUGGCAAGGAAAGCAGAUCUUGGAGAGCCCAGAGGUGAUCUAUCGCGAAGAACGACGAUACACAAUUCAGUAUCACAGCCAUUGCACCAACACAGUUUAAAUGACGAUGAAUCAACAAUAACAACUUCAUCACAACUACAACAAUACAUCAACCAAAACAAAGUGCUUGCGCGCCGCAAUGGGAUAUUGUCAUCUCGAAUCACUGAACUAGAGGAGAAGGUUACCUCAUUGAAUGAUGAGCUCACGAGACUUCGGAAGAAUGACGCGCUUAAACUGGCACUUGAACUAGUGGAGAAGAAUUUGGUUAACAGUUUUAAUGUCAGUAUGAAACAAUUGCAACGAAUACGUGUGGAUAAUAGAAUGCAUCUAAGCGCAGGAGAGCAGACAGUUGCUUCUACUAAAUAUAAAUCUGAUUUCAUCAAGAAAAAUGAAGAACUGAAGUCACUGAUGUCAAAAGAGUCUACAGUACCAAAGUUAAAAUCCAAACCCGUGAUAGCCCAACAUACUCCCACUAUCAAAAAUGGACCUGACGUACAGAAGAAGUCUGAAAUCCCAGAAUUUUUCAAAAAAGAUGACCAGUUUGAUUCCACAAGCAAACUCUUGACUAUUUUGGAUGAACUGGAUUCGGAGGAUAUGUUUGAUAUAAGACAGGUUGGUGUGUUUGCAAAAGAACCAACUGUCAUUAUUGAUGAGGAUAACGAUAAAGAUAAUAAACCCGAUACUGAGGUGGUGCACAAUGCUGUGGCGGAUAAAUCAAACCAAGAAAGCAAGAAUAAUGGUGAUGAUAAAGAUGACUUUUUAGCUGAGUUUGGUCGCCACGAGUCGUCAUUUGUAGAGGAGAGUAAAGAUAAGGGAGAAAGUAGAUACAAAGAGAACGUUGAGUCAAAACAAACAACAAAGAAGCGACUGUCAAUCAUGCCCGAUAUGCUGGAUUACGAAGCUCUUUUGGAAAGUUUGAAAUUUAAAGGUGAUUCGAAUGAGGUACAUAAGGAAGAUGAUGAGGAAGUACAGGAAAGAGGUGAGGACAGUGCCAUAAAUGCUAGGAAGAAGACAGACGAGUUAAAGCAGAGAACACGUAGUUCUAGAAAAAGCAAAACGAAUCUCGACAAUGAGAUCCAGGGCGAAAUGGUGGGUGACAAUACUAUGCUCGUUACAAAUAGUGCAACUGAGAUAGAGAAGGAAGGUGAAUUACAAAUAUCUGAGAACAUCGCUGAGCCGGACGGCAAGGUAAAUUCAAGAGCAACUUCCAUGAAGAGAGCUACACCAACACCCCCUUCAAGAUCAAAACAGAGAAGACUGAAGAGAAUCCAGAUCAAAGAAGAUUCACCAGCGGUUGAUCAAAAAGGUAGUGAAUUGACCGCAACUACUGAACCAAAGUUUUUCCAGAAGGAGGGUAUCCAACAUGCGAUUGAACCCGAGGUAAUUGAAUUGGAUCAAUCUCCAGAUAAGUAUAUUGAGAAGGGUGUAACGUCAGAAGGUAGGGGUGGAAAGAGAAAACCUCUUUCAAAUUUAACCACAAACGUCAACAAACCAACCAAGAAACGUAAACAAACAAGACGUAAUGAAGAUUGGGGUCUUGAUAUCUUUGACCUUCGAAAUGCGUAA